GCCUCCACUCUCCCCACGCUCAGUGCGAGAGACCUCCUCAGCCCGGUGCACGCGGUGAAGGAUCGCUCCACUCGGUUUGUUUGUGUUCUUCCCCCAGCGCCAACCGCGCCCUCGUGACCGAGGCGGCCGCGAUGAAGGCGGCCCGAGUUCUGCUCCAGGGUUCUCGGCGGGCGGCCCACCUGGGGCCCGCGGCUGCUCCGGCGGCUGAUGCCACCCACGGCGAGUCGCGGGUCGCGGCCAAGCCCUUCGGCCAGAUGCCCCGCGUGCCGUCGUUCCCGCUGGUCGGCAGCUCCUGGAUCUACUGGCCCCUCGUCGGCAAGUACCACCCGGACCGGCGGCACGAGGCGGCGCUGGACAUGCACCGCCAGUACGGCCCUAUCGUGGCUGAGAAGCUGCCUGGCCGCUACUCGCUGGUGCACUUGUUCAGCGCCGACGACUUCCACGCGCUGUACCAGCACGAGGGCAAGACGCCCUUCCGCAUGGGGGCCACGGCCUUCAAGAAGUACCGCAGCAGUCGCCCCAAGUACUACAAGAACAUCGGCAUCCUGAACAUGCAGGGCCAGGAGUGGUACAACGUGCGCUCCAAGACGCAGCCGUACACGCUCCGUCCCCGGACCAUCAUGUCGUACGUGCCGGGCAUGGACAAGAUCGCCGAGGACACCCUGCGAGUCCUCGCCCGAGACAGGGACGCCAGGGGAGAGACAGCGGACUGCUACAAACUGCUCUACAAGUGGGCCCUAGAGAGCGUGGUGUACGCUUCCCUGGACACCCGCGUGGGCUGCCUCAGCGUACCCCUGGACCCGCACUCGGACGGGGCCAUGAUCCUGAAAGACAUGGACGACGUGUUCGCCUGCCUGCAGAUCUUCGGCUACCGCUUCCCCUACUUCCGCUACUUCAGGACCCCCAGCUGGAAGAGGUUCGAGUUCGCCAUGGACGACUUCACCAUCCGCCUGUUCAAGCACAUCGAGGCCGCCGCCGAGCGACUCAAGACCCGGACGGAGGACCGGGAGUACACGAUCCUCGAGUACCUCCUGGCCGAGAAGAAGCUCGAGUUCGGCGAGAUCCUGGCCUUCAUGAGCGACUUCAUCCUCGGAGGAGCCGACACGACGUCGGCCACGGCCACGUUCUGCCUGUACCACCUGGCGCGGAACCCCGAGGCCCAGGAGCGAGCCCGGCAGGAAGUCUUCGACGUGGUCGGGAACAAGCCCCGAACUCUGGAGCCCGAGCACCUGAGCCACCUGCCCUUCCUCAAGGCCUGCGUCAAGGAGGCGUUGCGCCUCAACCCAACACUUUCCGGCGUGUUCCGAAAACUCGACCACGACGUCACCUUGUCCGGAUAUCUCGUGCCUGCGGGGACGCCGCUGUUCACCGAGAACUACGUGGCCAGCCGGCUGGAGGAGAACUUCACCCGCGCCGACCAGUUUCUGCCGGAGCGCUGGCUCAAGCGGGACGACGAAGGCCGCCAGGACUGGGUCCUGCACCCGUUCGCCUCCCUUCCUUUCAGCUUCGGGCCCCGCAUGUGCCUCGGCAGGCGGAUGGCCGAGCUCGAGGUCUGGAUCAUGCUCGUCAAGCUGUUGUUGAAAUACAGAAUCGAGUACCACUACGAGGACAUCGGUGUUCAGGGCAAGUUGGCCAAUGCACCAGACAAGCCAGCGAGGUACCGCUUCGUUGACCUGCACUGACCGCUGUUCUCCUUUCGCCACCGAUGCUUUAGCCAACGGCAUACGGUCGUUAUACCUCCUGCACGGUCGUCUGGAUAUACAGUGGCCACAAUAAAACUUGCACGAUUUAUUUGUGA